AUGGCUUUGGUAGAUUCUCAAGUCUUGAGAAUCCAUAGUUCAAAAUAUUUGUCAGGGUGUGGAACAAAUGGUGUUGGCUACAUUAGUAAGGGCAGAAGCCAAUGUUUACAGACGAAGUUCUGUAUGAAACGUAGAAUUCCUUGCUUAAAAGUGACAGCCAAUAAGCUUUCUUUUGCGGAGCAAAAGACAAUACACAGUGAAAGCCCGUGCAAAUAUCCUAGUCAUGUGGCGUGGCAAAGUGUGAAAGAGGAGCGGUGGGAAGGUGAACUCCAAGUUCAUGGCAACAUUCCUAACUGGUUGAAUGGCACCUACCUGCGAAACGGACCGGGAAUAUUUCAUAUAGGCGGUUACAAUGUCAAUCACCUUUUUGAUGGAUAUGCAACUUUGGUUCGUGUUCAAUUUGAUAAUGGAAAUGUGAGGGGUGCACAUGCACAGUUACAAUCUGAGGCUUACAAGACGGCCAAGAAAAACAACAGAGUUAGCCAUCGUGAAUUUUCAGAAUCUCCAAAGGCGUCAAACUUCUUAUCAUACGUUGGGUAUUUGGUGGGCAUGCUUUCUGGUGCCUCAGUCACCGACAAUGCUAAUGUAGCAGUUGUAAGCCUAGGUGACGGACGAGUUAUCUGCCUGACGGAAACUGCGAAGGGAUCUAUCCAAAUAGACCCUAACACACUUGAAACCAUUGGUAGAUUCAACUACACCGACAAUCUAGGAGGGAUGAAUGCCAGCCAGUCUGGACACCCUAUGAUAUUUGACGCUGAGCUCAUCACAGUCCUUCCAGAUCUCGUAAACCCCGGCUACAAUGUCGUCCGCAUGCUUGCUGGAACUAAUGAAAGAACAUUAAUUGGAAGGGUAAAUUGCAGAGCAGGUCAUGCUCCAGGUUGGGUGCAUUCUUUUGGAGUGACAGAGAAUUACAUCAUUAUUCCUGAAAUGCCUUUGAGAUAUUCAAUAGAGAGUAUUUUCGGAGGGGAGCUUUUCAAAUGGCAGCCGGAGUCCAAGGCGUUCAUGCAUGUACUUUCUAGAGUUACUGGAGAGAUGGUUAGAUCCAUUGAAGUGCCAUUAUUUAUGACGUUACACUUCAUCAAUGUUUAUGAAGAAAGACAAGAGCUUGGUAUGAAGUCGUCAAUAAUAGUUGAUUGUUGUGAAUACAACUCCAAUCCUUCCAUCAUAGAUAGAUUAAAACUACAAGCAUUAAGAUCCUCCUCUGGUGAAGAUGUUUUCCCAAACUCAAGAAUAGGACGGUUCACGAUACCCCUUGAUGGCACUGAAAGAGGACAGCUAGAUGUUGCGUUGCCUCCCGAGAAACAUGGUAGAGGAAUAGACAUGUGCAACAUAAAUCCAAAGUACAGAGGGAAAAUGUAUCGUUAUAUAUAUGGCUGUACGACACAACGCCCUUGCAAUGCUCUCAAUACUCUUACAAAGAUUGAUUUGAAAAAGAAAUUAACUAAAAGUUGGUACAUUGACGGAGCCAUUCCAUCUGAACCCUUAUUUGUAGCUCGACCUGGAGCUAAGACCGAGGAUGAUGGAGUGGUGAUAUCAUUAGUCAGUGAUAAGCAUGGUGGUGGGUUUGCUGUAAUUUUGGAUGCAGCCACCUUUACAGAAAUUGCUCGGGCUAAGUUUGCUUAUGGACUACCAUUUGGCACACAUGGUUGUUGGCUCCCAAAAAUGUAG